GGCAACAUCAUCCCGCUGGGAAAGAGCCACACACCGAAUUGCACCGACAACACGCACGUUCUCUUUGACCUGCGCCUUUGAUUGACGUGUGUUCGCCAACAUGGUCUUUUUCGGCCUCGGCGGCCUCCUCCAAUUCUCUGUACUCCUCAUAAACGCCAUUGCAAUCCUCUCCGAAGACCGCUUCCUCGCGCGCAUCGGAUGGACAUCCUCGGCGGACCCGGGCUUCGGCGGCCAGCGUGACGAUGGGAUAAAAGCACGGCUGGUCAACCUCGUGUCCUCGGUUCGAACCUUGAUGCGGAUACCACUCAUGUUUAUCAACACUGCCAUGAUCAUAUACCUCCUUAUAUUUGGAUGAACGCGGCUCGACCGCAGAACGACGCCUGUUCACGCGUCCGGCUCGCAUCCAAAAAUGGGAGGGACCUGCGCGUGGGGAGGCAGAAACGUACGCAUACUGAAACUGUUGCGUCCAGAAAAGCGGAUAUGUGGCAGGGAAGGGGCACGUCUCGGAAGGAACUGGACGAUAGGGGCAGCGGGUACGGUAGAACGAUAGCGCAUCACUACCGGCGCUGUGGACGCGACAUUGCAGUCCAAGACAGCGGUGUUGCGUGUGGAACGCGCAGCAAGCUUAUGAAUGAUAAUCAAGCCACGAGCAUGAAUGUAUGGAAUUGGAAGCGUUGACAAGAAGCCAUGCGGCAUUGCUCUCCCAC